UCCCGUAAUUAUGCAAUGGCCGGAAACUGUAAAAUUUGGAUGAAUUUAAACGAAAGCGUAAACUUGGAACCUCGUAGUUACAUCUACAGCUUCAGCAGCAACAACAUGGCCUGGGCGUGUUUUAGCGUGAUUCUUGUAACACUGGCUCUGACGUCGGGAGUGGUGUUUGAAGAAGGUAGAUAUACGUUUGAAGACAAUACCAUCAACAACAAUGAUUUAUGCAUGGUUAACACAGAAGUACAGAUAAAAAUGGCCACCCACCUCAUCACACUCACAAAAUCUCUCGAACAAAUGGAUGUGAAGAUGAUGAGCCUGGAAGAUAAGUUUGACGCCAUAUUGAAAGUCAUAUCAGCCGAAAAGUGUGAAACAACUACGAAACCUACGAAGGUUGAACCCGAGACUUGUGAGGAAGUAAAGACUCUCACAGGUGCUACAACAGACGGCGAGUAUUGGCUUUACCCGCCCGGCCUGGCCAGACAACGUGUUCGAAUCUUCUGCCACGACAUGGCCGGCCAGCCCAAAGAAUUUCUCACUCUACUACAUCCCAACACUGGAGACCAUCCCAAUAUUGGCAACAAGAACUGCCAUGGAAUAGCAGAAUCGCCGAUACCACACCGUUCUGGUUCUAGCAACUUCACCAAGAUUAGAGUCUAUAUCCAGACGAUGGUAGUGGACAGACGCGAUUACACGUUUGCUAUGACAACGGGUCGACCCGUCCCUUACGGUGAGGCCAACGAUUGUUUCUCCAUCCAUUACAGUGGACAUAUGGCCGAGUGCGGAAUCCGCGGUAACUUCCGCAUCGACACCUCUGGAACAGGUCUUGUAGUCGACCAGUCGCUCCGCUGGAACCCCGUGGGAUGGAGACCGUAUGCAACAUGGCACAGAUCCGACGACGGCGCUGUGAUAGAUCUCACGUGCGGUGGGUGGUGCGGUGGGUGUGUCCCUGAUGGAGACAUCCGUCUGACAGUCCAAACCGAUACUGUGUCAAUGAAGCCUGGCACGUGCAGAGACGUCAAGUUGAACGAACCCGCCGCUGGGGACGGGGAAUACGACGUGUAUCCUGACGCCGUUGGUGCAAGGAGGGUGAGAGUAUACUGUCACGACAUGGUCGGGACGCCCCGGGAAUACGUGACCCUGAAAACCCCAAACAAGGGAGUGUAUCCCAACCUAGCGAACAAGAACUGCCGUGGUGAGACCAAGGCGGAAUCACCAGAGAAAACAGGACAGAGCAUUUUCAACAAGAUUAGAGUAAACAUUGAGACGAUGGUCAUAGACCCGACAGAUUACACGUUCGCUGACACAGAGGGAGUUCCGGUUCCGUAUGGAGAAGCCAAGGACUGCUACUCCAUCCACUACGGCGGACACAAAGCCAAGUGUGGAAUCAAGGGAACGUUCACCAUCAAUACGGCUGGAACAGGACUCGUCAUCGACAAACAGACUCGGUGGGAAGCAAAGGGAUGGAACCCGUAUGCCGAGGUGAAGAAGUCUGACGAAGGGGAGAUAGUCAACUUGCUGUGUGGCGGCUGGUGUGGAGGGUGUAAGGCAGACAGGGAUCUCAAACUCACCCUUAACCCCAAUGAAGCUGGGUUGCGGACAUGUUCGGAUGUCAGGGCCAUGGAUCCUAACGCUGGAGAUGGAGAGUACACCUUGUAUCCCAAGAUCCUCAGCGGCGAAGGGUUGCAGGUGUACUGUGACAACAUGUCUGAGAACCCCAGGGAGUACCUCAGCCUAUCUGUUGUAAACAUUGGCGUGUCCCCUGACUUGAGCAAUGUAUUAUGCAAGGAAGAAACAGAGAGCGUGAAUCCUGCAGAUGUCGGAUCUUCGGAGUUUUCCAAGAUUAGAAUCAAUACAGAGACUCUAGAAGUGAACCAGAGUGACUACAGAUUCGCGACGGUCAGCGGACAUCGUGUUGCCUAUGGGCGUGCACAUGACUGUUACACAUAUGAAGAUUAUCGGACUUGUGGACCCAAGGGCUUCUUCGUCAUCAACACAUCUGGUACAGGUCUGCGCGUCAACACGACGUUGGAGUGGAUUCUGACGGGCGACUCGCCAUCCAUGAACGUCACUCGUUCUGACCACGGAGCGGUUAUUCAUCUGAGCUGUGGGGGAUUCUGUGGGGGCUGCAUACCAAUACACCAGAUUUUUCUGGAAAAAAAUCCUGAAGACUUUAAGUGAGAACAUCAAGGACACGUCUCAAACACGACCACGCGAUCAUACUUUGUGGCAUUGUUAUUGGUGAUAAUAAAAUAUUACAAAAUCGAA